GGGUAAAAUGGGCAUUCCAUCGGCACGAGAUCUGACCAAACCGAACGAAAUGCUUUAUCGUUUUCACCGUGGACGUAAUAUAGAUAGCAGACAAUUCCUAAAUAUGCACGAAACUAUAGCAUAUAAAAAGAAAAAGAGGAGGAAAAUGAAUAAGUGGGAGGAAGAGAAGAAUGUUAUGCAAUGAUUAGCAAACUUCACUAUGGAAGGUGUACGAGAUCCGUAUUUGAGACAUCUUUUUGAUGGUGAUCCGAUAUUCAAUGUUUACAAUAAAGAAGCGAUUAAUAUGUCGGUCGGUGCACCUGGGCCCGACCUACUUAAGCAAUGCACAGACAUACUAUCGAAUGCAACCGUUCAUAGAAUGGACGAAGAAAAAAAGGAAGGAAACUUCUAUCUUUUUCAAUACGGAAUUACGCCAGGAUUAUGGGAAUGUCGUGAAGAAUUAGCAAAAUUUUUAAGCAGACGAUAUGGCGAUCCUGUUAAAAGAGAACAUUUGAUUUUAACGUGCGGAGCAACGCACGGGCUUCAGCUUUCAAUAACAAGUAUUAUAUCGCCAAACGGUAUUAUAUUUGUCGAAGAAGUCACAUAUAUGAUAGCAUUAGAUGCCUUCAAACAAUUUCCGUUAAUGAAAAUUGUAACUGUACCAAUGAAAAACGACGUAGUAGAUCUGGAUGCAUUCGAAAAAAUUAUUUCCAAAAUAAAGAAAGGCGAAUUUUAUUUAAAUAACCAAAAAAUAUUUUGGGCUAUGUUUUACACCAUACCGACGUAUCAUAAUCCAACGGGAAUGGUUCUACCACCUGAUAGUUGCAAACGUUUAGUUGAAAUAGCUCGAAAUAAUUCUAUACUGAUCGUUGCCGAGGAUGUUUAUAAUUUACUACAUUAUGAAGACGGAUUUCCGCCACAUCGAUUAUUUUUUUACGAUGAUCCAAGCGAACCUAACUAUAAAGGUGGUAACGUAAUAUCCAAUGGAUCUUUUUCUAAAAUACUAUCGCCAGCAAUCAGAUUUGGAUGGAUAGAAAGUAGUCCACGAAUAGCUCAUAUCUUUAAAACUUCAGGCAUAUUGUGCAGCGGUGGUGCUACGAAUCACUAUGUCUCCGGCUUAAUUACCAGUUUACUACAAGAAAAAAUUGAAGAUAAACACUUGAAUAUGCUUAUUGAAACAUAUAAGGAAAGAUUAAAUGCACUUUGUGAAACUUUGGAUCGUUAUCUCCCAAGUUGUUGUUCCUACAACCGACCGAAAGGUGGUUACUUUGUCUGGAUUCAUCUUCCACCAGAUAUCGAUGCUGCAGCUUUCAUUAAAUGGUGUCAAAAGGAAUAUAGAGUCUCGGCAAUACCAGGUAUACGAUUUUCAUAUACUGGUGAAGCUAAAAACUUUUUAAGACUUAGCAUUGCUUUUCAUCUUAAAAAUACAUUAAUAAAAGCUGCAACGAUUUUAUGCAAAGGACUUUUAAAUUACAUACGAAAUCAUAGCAGUAACAAUUACACCGACAAUAAAAUUGUCAUAUAAUAUGUAAUAUAAAUAUUAAUUUGUAAAACAAAUAAAGAUUUAUAAUAUAAAUUAAA